AUGAGGAGGGAGAACCAGAGCCGCGUGUCCCAGUUCCUCCUCCUGGGGCUCCCCAUCCUGCCAGAGCAGCAGGGCAUGUUCUUCACCCUGUUCCUGGGCAUGUACCUGACCACGGUGCUGGGGAACCUGCUCAUCAUGCUGCUCAUCAGGCUGGACUCUCGCCUCCACACCCCCAUGUACUUCUUCCUCAGCCACCUGGCCCUCACUGACAUCUCUUUUUCCUCAGUCACAGCUCCAAAGAUGCUCAUGAAUAUGCAGACACAAAAUCAAUCCAUCUCAUACGCUGGGUGCAUUUCCCAGGUGUAUUUUUUCUUAAUGCUUGGGUGUCUUGACAGCUUCCUUCUCACUUCAAUGGCCUAUGACAGGUAUGUGGCCAUCUGUCACCCCCUCCACUACAUUACCAUUAUGAGUCAGAGACUGUGUCUCCUGCUAGUAAUUGUGUCUUGGGUCCUAUCCUCUGCCAAUGCCCUUUUGCACACCCUGCUCCUAGCCAGGAUCAUGAGGAGGGAGAACCAGAGCAGCGUGUCCCAGUUCCUCCUCCUGGGGCUCCCCAUCCUGCCGGAGCAGCAGGGCGUGUUCUUCGCCCUGUUCCUGGGCAUGUACCUGACCACGGUGCUGGGGAACCUGCUCAUCAUGCUGCUCAUCAGGCUGGACUCUCGCCUCCACACCCCCAUGUACUUCUUCCUCAGCCACCUGGCCCUCACUGACGUCUCCUUUUUAUCUGUCACUGUCCCAAGGAUGUUAAUAAGCAUGCAGAGCCAAGAUCAAUCCAUCCCCCAUGCAGGGUGCAUAACACAGAUGUAUUUUUUCAUAUUUUUCACUGAUCUGGACAAUUUCCUUCUCACUUCAAUGGCAUAUGACCGGUAUGUAGCCAUCUGUCAUCCCCUCCAGUACACCACCAUCAUGAGACAGGGACUGUGUACCUUACUAGUAGCUGUUUCCUGCAUCCUCUCUUGUACCAAUGCGUUUUCUCAUACCCUCCUCUUGGCUCAACUGUCCUUUUGUGCUGACAACACUAUACCCCAUUUCUUCUGUGACCUUGCUGCCCUACUCAAGCUCUCGUGCUCAGACACCUCCCUCAAUGAGCUGGUCAUUUUCACAGUGGGAGUAGCAGUUAUUACUCUACCAUUGAUAUGCAUCUUGAUCUCCUAUGGACGCAUUGGGGCCACCAUUCUGAAGGUUCCAUCUACCAACGGGAUCUGCAAAGCCUUAUCCACCUGUGGCUCUCACCUCUCUGUCAUAUCUCUUCAUUAUUGCACAAUUAUUGGGCUGUAUUUUUUUUUUUUUGCCUCAUCCAGCACCUCCAGUAACAAGAACAUAAUUGCCUCUGUGAUGUACACAGUGGUCACACCAUUGCUAAACCCCUUUAUUUAUAGCCUAAGGAACAGAGACAUGAAGGGGGCCCUGGAAAGACUCUUCAACACGGCAACAGUCUCAUCUCAAUGA